AUGCGAUUCACUGCUCUGGCUGCCUUGGGACUUGUGGGUUGCGCACUCGCCUUGCCAGGCCGACACAAUGCUCCCAACCGUCAACGGCAAAGAGACCUUCCAACAAUGACCAUCGAUCUCACCGAACCAGGCACAGCACCCAGCCUUACACCAAGCUUUACUCCAGUCUGGACUCCCCAACCUAGCCGUCGACCAAUCCCAACACCUAGUGCCAUUGGCGACUCUGGGUCUGGUGCACCUUCCGAUGUGCCAGAUUCCAUCAGACAAGCCCAGCAGAAGCUCUACGAUGACAUGGCGAAUGGAGCAUCUCAAGAACAGCUUCAGGAUGACGUAGAUAAUAUCUGGUCAGCAGAAUUGGUAGUCUAUUCAUCUUGGCUCGCAACACAAUCAUCAAUCUAUGUCCCCGGUGGAAAUCCUAGUGCAUCAGCUUGGUCGACUCCUUCUGGACAGCCAACACCAUCUUCUGGAAUGCGCUUCCCUGGUGGGCAGGGAGGAGUCAGAUUUUCCACUAUCACCAGUGGAAGCUCUUCAUCAGCAUUCCCUACUCCGUCCUCUGCGGCUGGAGAUUCUUAA